UCUAGGUGUGACAAUGACGGCUUUUAGUUCACUGGUCGUAAAAAUGGGAUCGCUAACUCGGAUACUUCUAAUGGUCAACACAGCAGUGACGGCGCCUUUUGUGGGACUGUGCAUCCUGGCUGUGUUGUUUCCUUUUGUUCACUGCAAGGGCGCCGGCGUAUCGACCCUACUAAUGGUUGUGUACCAGCUGUGGCACAUGGCGGGAGUUAUCACAUCAGGAAUCAGAUCACCCAGACUUCCAGUGUCUACUGACUACUGCCCUGGAAACCACAGCAUGUUUUUAUCUCAAAACGUUACUUUGGCUGCACCAAGCAUACAGUGA